GUGCAAUACAAGUCGCAGCAUAGGACGUUGUGUUUUAACACAGUGAACAUAUCGAGGUAGAUUUUUCAAUUCAACACAUACAUACAUAAGAUUGCAUUAGAUCAGGGUGCAGGAUAAGGUGACUUUGUUGGGUUCACAAUUAAACGUUAAUGGAUGUAAACACACUGCACCCAUCCACCAUUUUUGUGUAAUCAACUGGCUGUUUGCAUCUCGCGUACAGCACACAGCAGACGGUUUUAAUCAUGUCUGACGCUGAAGGAGAGGAUGUACUGGAGGAAACAAAAGCCGAAGAAGCCGAUGAACCCCCAACUGGUGGCGAUGAGGGAGAGAAAGCGGCUGGAGAGAAGGAAGGGGAGGAAGAACAGCAGGAAGAACAAGAGACAGAAGAGGAAGAAGCGGUUACGUCGGUUCAAAUGGAUGAGCAACCGAGGUGGAAGAAAUUGCUAAAGAGAGUGGCACUUCCCGUAGCUGUCGGGGCUGCUUCUGUCGUAGCAGCCCCAUUAGUUCUAUCUGCGGCAGGGUUCACGGCAGGAGGUAUUGCUGGGGGCUCAAUUGCCGCCUGGAUGAUGUCUGUCAGUGCCUCGGCUAGUGGCGGCGGAGUUAUUGCUGGCGGAGUUGUGGCGACCUUGCAGUCUGCAGGUGCUGCUGGAAUUGCUGCUUCCUCUCUGGCAGGAACUGGCGGAGUGGUUGCUUCCGGCACUGCUGCGGUGCAGUAUAUAGUCGUCAGAACGACACAGGGUAACACGAAGCCAGGAGGUGACCCAGGAAAUGACGCAGGAAGUGACAUAGGAAAAAGCGCAGGAAACAACGCAGGAAAUGACGCAGGAAAUGUCACAGGGAGUGACGAACUAGAGGACGAGGAAACCGGAAGCGACGAAGUCAUUGAAGGGAACAAGACAUUGUUGAAGCACGCUAAAAAUAAUUUAUAAAUUAUGUACACGCUGCUACUAGUUACAUUGUUGUUACAAAUUAAAUUUGGUUGCUUGCGUAUCAA